AUCCCGACAGCACAACCCGCAACAUGGAGAGUCCGCACGAGCAUCAACAAAGCCUACUUAUAUCUCGAAUAAUCGUCAAUGUUGAGAAACUGAAUGAAGCCAUCAUGAUGCUCAACAAAAACCUCCAAGAGAUCAACAUCCAGAAUAUGGAUGUCGAGCUGGUAGCGCAGAUGUUCAAGAAUUACCAGUCCAACGUCCUAUUCCACUUGGAGGCUACCAAUAACCUCAAGGAUCCAUCUUGAAGGGGGAUGUGCCAGUCUGUGAUGAAGCAGUUUGCGGUUUGGUGCGCCUACGCGGGCGAUGCAGCGGACUACGAGUGAUGCCAACGUCCGACAGCAGUGUCGGAGCAUGCUCGAUCGAGACCUCCGGCCCGGACGUCGUAAAGGCGACAGCUGGAUUAUGAGUUCGUUGAGGUCUAGCCAAUAUUCAUCACAGUUGGAACACAGUGAAUGACGAGAUUAUGCACAAUCGGUAGGGGUAGGGUACAGUUUUAGCAAGCAUCCAUUCCUAGCAGAUCACCG